AUGAGAGAAAAUGUAGUGGAGGAGUUGAGGCAAUUGCAACCUGAUGAUGAAAACAAACAAAAAAUGAUGGACAUAUUUAAACGAUUCCAUUCAGAAGAGGAGAUGGAUAGUUCAGAUGAGGAUGGUGCACAGCCAGAGACACUGUUGGAAGCUCUGUCUCAUUGUUUGGAGCAAACUUGCUCUCUAGCUUUUAGACACAUGGGUGGCUUGCAAUUUGGUUUGGGGCUUAUGGAUGAUGCUACAGAGAGGGAACUGAAGUCAGAGAAACAACAGAAGUCAAAAAGGUUGGAACUGAAGAAUAAGCUAAAGUCGGCUCAGAGGAAAGUGUAUUUCGUUAUGUGUUGGGUUCACGUGCAUCCAGGAGAAGCUUGGUCUUCCUUAGCGGCCAUUGUGAAGGCAGAAAAGGGUUCAGCUAUGGAAUACAGAGGCAGUAAAAUAAGUACUUUGAGGAUGGAGGAUAAAGUGGAAAGCAAGGGCAAGCCUUUGAUUAAGGAACUUCAGUGA